AGUUCCUAGUGCGAAGGCCGAGGGUCGGUUCGUUCGGUUCUCUUCGCGUCUUUUCUGAAGCAAAAGUUCAAUUUAGUGUCGUUUAUACGGUACCACCGUUACGUCAACGGGUACGACAAUCGUCUCCCGGAAAAACGGUGCAACAAUACAGCAGUAUAACUAAUAAUAGUAAAUGUUUAUUGUGUAUAAGUGUAUGUAAGUGAGUUCUUUUGUGUGUUAUGAGAAAUAUUCCCAUUGGAUUACCUUGCUUGCUAGACCAGUGAGAAAAGUGGGACAACGAUAGUUUUGUUGUUGUAAAAAUGGAUCGGGUGCCACCCUGGACCUUGUCGCUGUCACUGCUGACCCUCCUCCUUGCAGAAUGUUCUGCCAACCUGCCCCCGACCUUCUCGAUGGACAUGAACAACAUCGCGAUCUCCGAAAGUACCCCGGUGGGCACCGAAAUCUACAAACUGGAAGGAAUCGACCCCGAGGGCAGUUCUUUGAGGUACGACCUGCAAGGCACCGAUGUCCUCAGUGUCGACCAUCAAACUGGUGCAGUUAAAGUCGUUAAACCCUUGGACUAUGAGGCCAACUCCACCCUUCACCUGACCAUCAGCUUAGAAGACGAGGUUAAAGGGGCAGUGAAGAACAACGUAGUGACCGAGGACAUCAACGUCAUCAUUUUGGACGAGAAUGAUUUUGCACCGGAGUUUGAAAACGUUCCCUACGAGAUCACCGUAGACGAAGACGCCCCGAUCGGUGCCUCGUUACUGACAAAUUUGUCUGUGAUAGACAAGGAUACCGUGGGGGAAAACCUGGAAUUGAAAUGUUUGAAUGCACCGGAUUCGGGGGAGGCUUGUGACGUUUUUAAGGUUAUAGAAGUGAGUUCGAGUGUGAAUUCUUUUAAAGGGGCCCUAGUGCUCGACAGGAGGUUGAACUACACUGAGAGGAGUCGAUAUUCGUUUUCUUUGGCUGCUACGGACGGCACCCUAUCGAGCACAGCUGACGUCACAAUAAAUGUCCGAGACGUCCAGGACACCCCCCCGAGGUUCCUCAACAAUCUGACCGCAGAACUACCCGAGGACACCCCUUUGAACUCGUUGGUAUUCACCGCAACGGCUGAGGACGGAGACAGGGGGAACCCCAGGGGCAUUAUGUACGAAUUAAUCCAUAGUCCAAUGGAGUAUUUUCAAAUAGACCCGGUGACCGGCGAGGUGUACAUCGUUCGACCGCUGGAUCGGGAGGCGAUCAAAGAUCCCGAGGGAAUUUUGAGGUUCGAGGUGCGGGCACACGAAAUGGUCAACGGGGUAAGAGGAAACGACCCGUUGACGGUCAGCACUGCCCCCGCUGUAGUGAGAAUCCUGGACGUCAACGAUGAACCCCCAAAGUUUGAUAAACGGGAGUAUUUCGUCGAAAUUCCCGAGAAUAUUCCUGAGGGAGCGGCUUUAUCUAACUUGGACAUGACUGUUGCUGAUCCAGACGAGGGGAAUAAUUCGGCGUUCUCCUUGGACCUCAACGACAUCUCUGGAGCGUUUUCCAUUGAACCCAAGUCAGCCCUCGGGUCAACCCCGGUGACCAUCAGGGUGGCCCAUAAUAAUUUGGACUAUGAGGACCCCAACCAGAGAAAAUUCAUCAUUUUAGCUGUUGCCAAAGAGUUAUAUACUAAGCAGCAAUUGUCCUCAACUGCAACCAUUACGAUCACUGUGCUGGAUGUAAACGAUAAUGCUCCAACUUUUGACCAAGACAGCUACUCAGCUACUGUUUCUGAAGUGGCCUCUCCAGGUACCCCAGUGGUAACCAUCGUAGCAAAGGACAGAGAUAGCGGGAAGUUUGGAGAAAACGGCCUCAUCUACAAACUAACUGGAAGUGGUGCCGAACGGUUCGAGGUUAAUAAUCGUACUGGAACGGUGACGGUUGCGCAGUGUGUUAACUUGGGAGUGGAGCCUUGCCUGGAUUUCGAGAGUAAACCCGAGUACCAUCUGCAAUUUGUUGCCACAGACGACGACGGUAAAGGCCAAACCUCGGCAGUACCUUUGAAAAUCACCCUGACCGACACCAACGAUAAUCCCCCCAUAUUUGGACAAUCGACUUACAAGAUCUUCGUUAACGAAGGUGCAAACAGGUUCGAACCGGAACGUUUUAUAGAUGCCAGAGACGAGGACAAGACCUCGCAAGUCUCUUAUGCCAUAGUGGCGGGCAACGACGAGGAAUUAUUCAAAAUCGACUCGGAAUCUGGUAAAUUGAGGAUCUCUGGUACCAAAGGGUUGGACGUGAGCAACGAUACUGAUAACGUCAUCAACCUGACGGUUCUGGCAACCGAUGGGAAGUUCACGGCAACCACCCAAGUGAAGAUAACCGUCAUAGAUGUGAACAAUAAUCCACCAGUGUUCCUUAAAGAGAGUUACUUGACUGCUAUACCGGAAGACGCUUCAGUUGGUACGAGUGUUGUGGAGGUUCAAGCACACAUCUCGUGAGAGUGUGAAAACGCUAUGGUCAGCUACUCCUUGUCCAAAGGGGCUAAUGGAGACUUUGAAAUAGACGAGGCAACUGGACUGGUGAGCGUUUCCUCCAAACUGGACUACGACAGAAGGAAUACGUAUAACAUAGAGGUGAUGGCUGUGGAUGGAGGGGAGCCAGCUCUAACUGGAACGGCCUCUUUGACCAUUAAAGUGAUCAACACCAACGACAAGCUGCCUUACUUUGUGCCAACCACUCAGAAGGCUGAGGUAAUGGAGGAUGCUGCUGUAGGAACGGUCAUUUACAACCUAAUAGCCUUGGAUCCGGACGUGAACAGUUCGGAAGCCUUGAAUUUUGCUGCAACUGAACCUAUAACGGCUCUGGAUAAGCACGGUAACGAGGUUACCGGCAAUGGUUUGUUCAAGGAGUUUUUCUCCGUUGAUAAGAACACUGGAACAGUGACAGUGACCAAGGGUCUACUGCGAGAUGUCGCCGCUGUAGUGAGGAUUCCGGUUUUGGUCACGGAUAUUACUGCGCCCAGUGUGCAACAGGGCCAAGGUCUUUUGGUGAUAACGAUCCAAGACAUCAACGACUCACCUCCAAACUUCGUGCCGCCAUGGACCCUGGACCACCCGACGUACCACCUGGAAAUCAAGGAGGAACUUCCCGUAGGAACGAUCGUGGCCACCUACAAAGCGUUCGACGAAGACUCAGAUAUCGCCGGUUACGCCAUCUAUCCAGAAAGUGAAUUUUUCCAGAUCAACCAGGGCACCGGCAUCGUCCAGAUCAAGAAGAUCAUCGACUACGAACAGACCAAGGAGCUUAAUUUUACUGUAUGGGCCUACGACAGUGGAGUUCCUCAACUUAACGUCUCUGCAUUGGUCCUAGUGAAGGUUGUGAACCUGAACGAUCACGAUCCAAUUUUUACCGAGAGUUCUUACAAUGUAUCAAUCGAUGAGAAUUCUCCUAAUGGAACGUUAUUGGUGCAAGUUAAAGCGGUUGAUAAGGACGCGGGAGAGUUCGGGAGGGUCCUGUAUGAACUCACCGGAGAGCACAGUGAGAACUUUCAAAUUAACGAGAGUACUGGGGAAGUCACCGUGGCCAACUCCGGGUUUUUGGACUUCGAGGUUAUUGGCAGUUGUGUUUUGCAGGUGAUAGCACACGAUAACGCCCCAGUGAACAUCAGACGAUCGAGAUCGGUGCCGAUCUACAUCACCAUUAACGAUCUGAACGAUAAUGCGCCGCAGUUUGCAGACGAUUCCUACGAAGUCAAUGUAAUGGAGGACGUGAGGUUGAACCCUCCUGCCCCGUUAAUUCAAUUGAACGCGACUGACUUGGAUUCGGGAGUAAACGGGAACGUGCACUAUUCCAUCAUAUCUGGCAAUGACAAUGACAUAUUCCUCAUCGGUCUGGACACGGGCAUCCUCUACGCUCACAAGUCCUUGAUGGGUCUUACGAAAACCUUCGACCUAACAGUUGAAGCCAGAGAUGGUGGGGGUCAUGGCGCACUAUUCGAUCGAGCAACAAUCAAAGUCCACGUAAUCAACAUCAACAAUCACAAGCCAGUGUUUGUUAUGCCUUAUUUGCCUGAUUCCACCUUGGACAUUUUGCAAGAUACAGCAAGGAAAGACCUGAUCCUGCUGGUGGUGAAGGCAACCGACAAGGACCAAGGGGAAAACGGUCGAGUCACUUAUCACUUGAAGAACAACGACCGAAUUGUGCAAGAAACCGACACGUUCUCCAUUGACGAACAAAAUGGCGAACUGAAGCUCAUUCGAGACCUAAACAACGAGAAUCAAACGUUGUUCAAUGUCGUUUUAGUGGCCAGGGACCAUGGAUACCCGAAAUGGUUCCAAGAAGAACGACAUCUGGUGGUCGAGCUGAUCAACGAGGGCACCAAGAUUCCCCACUUUCCCAGUUCAAAGUCGGCCAACCCCUACCACUUUUACGUCACGGAGAAUAAUAACGCUGAUGCAUUAAUAGGGCAUGUGGAGGUGAUCGACAAGGACAGACAGACCCCCGUGUACUACUACAUCCUAAUGGGAAAUCAAGAUGGCGAUUUCAAACUGGACAAGGUCACCGGACAUUUGUACACUCAGAAGUCCUUUGAUAGAGAAACCAAAGAUGAGUACGAGUUGACCGUUGUCGCGAAUUACGAUCCUGAUUAUUACGUGACCGAUGAGCUCUUAAUGGAGUUAAAAAACGACGGACUACUGGCCGAACCGAAUGUUGCCCAUAUAGUGGUGACAGUUAACGAUGAAAACGACAACGAACCGCAUUUCCAGAACUCGAUUUACUAUGCGGCUGUUAACGCAAUGGCGAAUGUGAACCAGUUUAUUACGAAUGUGACCGCUUUCGAUCCAGAUAAUGGAGCUAAUGGCACCCUGCACUACUACAUUAAGGCCUCCAACCUCUACCACUUCAGAUCCGACAAGAGUUCCGGCUCAAUAAUCCCCCCACCAUUCAACAUAAGCGACCAAGGAGAGGUUUACACCGCAACUUACUUAGCUGAGAAUAAUCAGCACAGGUUCAUUGUUGAUGUGAUAGCAAGAGAGGAGGGAUAUCCGGAGAGAGAGGCAUAUACUCAAAUCCAGGUCUGGGUGUUUGAACCUGAGCAGCUGAUCAGAGUGAUCCUGUCCAGACCGAAGGAGGAGGUCCUGAAAGAGAAGGAUGAAGUUAUUAGUGAACUGAGUAACGCCACUCAUUACCUAAUCAUACCCGAUGAAAUACGGUAUCACAUUGACAGCAAUGGUAGAAAGAACGAGGAAUGGACCGACAUGUACAUCCUGGCAAUCGAUCCUGCCACUAAAUCAAUUGUUCCGGUGCCAAAUGUCCUAAAAAUAAUCGACUCAGAGUACGACUUCCUUAAGGACUACUACGCAGGUUUUGCUAUAGAGAAUGUCGUACCGGCGUUCGUUCAGGCAAGGAACGAAUCCUUCGAUCCAGCAUUGGCAGCCCUGAUAGCUCUCAUGAUCCUACUUAUAGUAGGAGUGCUGUUUUUCAUAGUGGUAUGUUGCUGUCUGAGACACUGGGUACUAUCCCCAACCGACGAUUUAAAGAAAAAAGACGCUUUAAUCAAGAAAGCGAUCAUAGACGACCUCAACACCACCGAAAACCCUCUGUGGAUCGAGCAGAAACUGAAGCUGUACGAGGAACAGGAGCUCACCAUGCAAGUGUUCAACGAUCCAGAGUUGAGUGAGGCAAACAGACGUGGCAGCACCGAACACUCGCCGGAGGACAAUACGUACGCGACCAUUCAACAUCCGCACAGGAGGCAACCCUCGAAUUCCCACGGGAUACCCGACGACCUGGCAGAGUACGCCACCUUAUCCAGAAUAGCCAACCAACAGACGACAGGAAGUAACAACAGUUCACUAAGCCACGCCCCUAACUACUACGAAGCAGCGAUGGGCUUCCAAGGGUCGACUUUCCAGGUUCCGGAUCGCCUCAGUGACAACGGGAGCGACUACGGAUCGUUCAGGGGCCAACCGACCAAAGUUGCUCAAACCGACUACGUCACCGAACUUAUUUGAACAGAAACUCGUUAAGACUCAAUUUCGUGUAGGGCAGUUUUAGUUUGUAGGUAGUACAAACCGGGCUCAAUAAGGCCAUAGGUGCCAAGGAAUCUGUAGACUUUGUAAAAUCAUGCAGGGUGACUUUUGGAUGUGAAUGAAUGGUGAGAGGUUAAAUUUCUUGGAUAAGGUCGUUUAGCAGUUCCUUUGGGACCCUUUGGAGGUCAUUUACUCCUUCUAGGAAGUCUGGAUGUCCUCUGGAAACUUUCUGCUAGUAGCUUCUACUUUCUGCUGGAAAAUUCAGUAGAGGCUUACAUGCAAAAACUGUUUUAUCCAGUUGUUUUCCUUCGAUAUCUUACUCUCUCUGUCAAAUUGAGUUAUUGUCGAAACAUCAUGGACCUGACCAAGAACUCCUUCAGUUCGACCCUGAAAAUCGACGAUUACUAUUGGAUCUUUCCCAAUAAAUCACUUCAAACGUGUUUCGGACCUUCUUCAGGAACACUCCGUCAAUAUAUGCGGUAUAUCCGGUAUAUCCGGUGAUGCAAAACUGUCACGUAGUUCUUCUUGGUUUAAUUAAUGAAUUGAACGGAUUUUCGCCACCUGGUUUGGCUUCGUUUAACUGAAUAUUUGCGACGAAUGUUGCGCAGCGAAGUUACACACUCCUCGUCGCAGGUUUCCUUUGAUGUGUGUACGAUUUACCGCCAACGAAGUCAAACACACAAAAAUUCAAUUCACAAUUCAGUCGAAGCCUUGGAGAUGUUGUAUACCUGACUGUUCAUAUCCUUGUUUAAGUGUGGAGAUAGAGAGAGUGUGUACCUCUUUUCUCAAUACGUAUGUAGGUCUCGGUGAUGUUGAGGCGGCAGAAUUCUUUGAUCUUACGAGAACAAGAUACCGAACCUUUACAAGCUUACACGCUUGGAGACUGGUUCAGGGGUGCAAGGAUAGAGUGGACACGUUGGGUUGGAUUAAGAAGAAGUAGAUGGAGAUCUCGUGUGCCCCCCUUGAUCCCUUAAGGGUGGAAGCUUUACUAAAUCCUAACCAAAUUGCUCGAGUAUAUUUAAAACAGCCUAUGAUCUAUUAGGCACACCAGAUUCUGAUCAGGAUCUUUAUCUGCGAAUGCAAUAAUUGUACUUCUUCUCUAGGAUCUUCCAAUUUCGUACAAUACGAAGAAGCCUGAUCAUCACCUGGUUUAUAGUUCAAAUUGGCAAUAGUUUUACACUUUUUAGGCAGUGGUGCCAAAGGGAGACUUUUGACCCUCGAAGUCACCACUCAGUUCAAAGUCCUGUAUCUAAAAAACUAGUGGGAAUAUUUUUAUGAAAUAAAAAGCAAAAUGUUCGUUUAAAUAUUUCUGAGAAAUGUUAUUUAUAGUUCAAAUUAGUCCAAGUAAUCAUUUUGGCAGUAUUGGACUUUUUAGGCAGUGGUGUCCAAGGGAGACGUUUGACCCUCGAAGUGACCACUCAGUUCAAAGUUCUAUAUCUAAAAAACUAGUGGGUGUAUUUCGAUGAAACAAAAAGCAGGAUAAUCGUUGAAGCAUUCCUUAAAAAUGUUGUUAAUAGUUCGAAUUAGUCCAAGCAAUCAUUUUGGAAAUAUCGGACUUUUUAGGCAGUGGUGUCCAAGGAAGACGUUUGACCCUCGAAGUGACCACUCACUUCAAAGUCCCGUAUCUAAAAAACUAGUGGAUGUAUUUCGAUGAAACAAAAAGCAGGAUAAUCAUUGAAGCGUUCCUUAAAAAUGUUCUUAACAAAUUGAAUUAGUUCAAGUAAUCAUUUCAGAAAUAUCGGACUUUUUAGGCAGUGGUGCCAAAGGGAGACGUUUGACCCUCGAAGUCAUCACUCAUUUCAAAGUCCCGUAUCUAAAAAAGUAGUGGGAGCAUUUCGAUGAAACAAAAAGUAAAAUAAUCCUUGAAAUGUUCCUUAAAAAUGUUAUUCACAAAUGGAAUUAGUCCAAGUAAUCAUUUCAGAAAUAUCGGACUUUUUAGGCAGUGGUGUCCAAGGGAGACGUUUGACCCUCGAAGUCACCACUCAAUUCAAAGUCCCGUAUCUAAAAAACUAGUGGGUGUAUUUCGAUGAAACAAAAAGCAGGAUAAUCAUUGAAGCGUUCCUUAAAAAUGUUAUUAAUAAAUCAAAUUAGUCCAAGUAAUUAUUUCAGAAAUAUCGGACUUUUUAGGCAGUGGUGGCCAAGGGAGACGUUUGACCCUCGAAGUGACCACUCACUUCAAAGUCCCGUAUCUAAAAAACUAGUGCGUGUAUUUCGAUGAAACAAAAAGCAAAAUAAUCCUUGAAACGUUCCUUAAAAAUGUUCUUAACAAAUUGAAUUAGUUCAAGUAAUCAUUUCAGAAAUAUCGGACUUUUUAGGCAGUGGUGCCAAAGGGAGACGUUUGACCCUCGAAGUCAUCACUCAUUUCAAAGUCCCGUAUCUAAAAAACUAGUAAGUGUAUUUUUAUGAAACAAAAAGCAAAAUAUUCCUUUAAGUAUUUUUUAAAAAUAUUGUUAAUAGUUCAAAUUAGUCCAAGCACUCAUUUCGGAAAUAACGGAUUUUUUAGGCAGUGGUGCCCAAGGGAGACGUUUGACCCUCGAAGUGACCACUCAGAUCAAAGUCCCGUAUCUAAAAAACCAGUUGGAGUAUUUCGAUGAAACAAAGAGCGAAAGAAUCCUUGAAACGUUCCUUAAAAAUGUUAUUAACAAAUCAAAUUAGUCCAAGUAAUCAUUCCAGAAAUAUCGGAAAUUUUAAGCAGUGGUGUCCAAGGGAGACCUUUGACCCUCGAAGUCACCACUCACUUCAAAGUCCCGUAUUUAAAAAAGUAGUGGGAGCAUUUCGAUGAAACAAAAAGCAAAAUAAUCCUUGAAAUGUUCCUUAAAAAUGUUAUUCACAAAUCGAAUUAGUCCAAGUAAUCAUUUUGGAAAUAUUGGACUUUUUAGGCAGUGGUGCUAAAGGGAGACGUUUGACCCUCGAACUCACCACUCACUUCAAAGUCCCGUAUCUAAAAAACUAGUAAGUGUAUUUUUAUGAAACAAAAAGCAAAAUAUUCCUUUAAGUAUUUUUUUAAAAUAUUGUUAAUAGUUCAAAUUAGUCCAAGCACUCAUUUCGGAAAUAUCGGACUUUUUAGGCAGUGGUGCCAAAGGGAGACGUUUGACCCUCGAAGUGACCACUCACUUCAAGUCCUGUAUCUAAAAAACUAGUGGGUGUAUUUUGACGAAACAAAAAGCAGAAUGUUCCUUUAAAUAUUCUCUAAAAAUUUUGUUCAUAGUUCAAAUUAGUCCCUGCAAUAAUUUUGGAAAUAUUGAAAUUUUUAAGCAGUGGUGCCCAAGAGAGACCUUUUACCCUCGAAGUGACCACUCACUUCAAAGUCCCGUAUCUAAAAAACUAGUGGGAGUAUUUCGAUGAAACAAAAAGCAAAAUAAUCUUUUAAGUGUUCCUUAAAAAUGUCAUUAAUAGUUUAAAUUAGUAUUUGCAAUAAUUUUGGAAAUAUUGAAAUUUUUAAGCAGUGGUGCCCAAGAGAGACGUUUUACCCUCGAAGUGACCACUCAGUUCAAAGUCCCGUAUCUAAAAAACUAGUGGGAGUAUUUUGACGAAACAAAAAGCAAAAUGUUCCUUUAAACAUUCUCUAAAAAUGUUGUUCAUAGUUCAAAUUAGUCCGUGCAACUAUUUUGGAAAUAUUGAACUCCGUGCAACGAGUUCCUUUGAUGUGUGAUCUAUUUGCCGCCAAGGGAUUCGCGUUUGCUUGUGUACGAGCACGUCACAGUUUUGCAUCACUGUCUAGGGUUAGAAGACAGUCUUCCCUAGGGAGUUUUUGUUUAUUGAUAUUAAGUAGUUUUAGGGUGAAAUUGAUUUUUAAAUGACAAAUAUAGUUGAAUUUAGAAACGGACAAUAUAAUUGUGGUAAAGCUGUACGUUAAUCGUUUGUUUUAACAUGUACUGUUGAUCUUUUAGGGAAAUAUAUUUAAAACGAAAAAACACUAAUAUUUUAUAUACUUCUUAAUAUAUUUUUCGUGUAUAUAGACGUUAAGAAAGUUCACGAUAUAAUUUAUUUGACUUGUAAAUAUAUGUAUAAGUUACUUUAUAGAUUUUCUAUUUAUCACGCGUUUAGUACUUAAGUUCGUUAUAGUAUAAAUAGUGCCGUAAAAACAUCGAACUCAAUCUAUGUAUAGUAAGUAGUACCUACCAUUUUAUACAUUGUUAAGGCCAUCCAGUAUAUAUUAUAUAACUUACGUGUAUUGUGACCCUAAAUAAAUAAUAUGUUUAAAUGUAA